AUGGGUGCCGUUCAGAAGUUUUACUGGCCUGUGGUAUUGGCCUCUAUCUUCGGAGCUGGACUCUUAUCGCUGUGCUACAACGCCUUCUUCCACCCUCUUACUCAUUUCCCAGGUCCUCCACUUGCUUCCAUCACAGGGCUAUGGCGACUCUAUCACAUCAUCAUCGGCGACUGGUCCGAGAUCAUUCUUGAUCUGCAUCAAAAAUAUGGCAGAGUCAUUCGUCUAGCACCAAAUGAACUAUCAGUCGUGGACGAGUCGGCCAUGAAAGCUCUCCACGGCCACAAUACAACCGCCAUCAAGAGUAAAUGGUACUCUGCCUUCCAGAGCUCUCAAGGAGCACCCAAUCAAUUGGCCACACGAGACCCCAAGGUCCAUGCUGGUAUCCGUCGCAGAUUCGCCCCCGCGUUCAAGAUGACCGUUCUGCUGCACCUGGAGGGUUCUAUGCAGGCUUGUCUGGACAAACUCUGGCGAUCGCUCGAGAAGCCCGCAUCACAGGGCACAGUUAUCGAUAUGUGUCACUAUACCGAGACUGUGACGUGGGAUGGCAUUCUGAAUCGACUCUUGACCGUAUCUACGAUUUUGGGACAUGUCUGGGGUCAGCUUAUCUGGGUCGAUAAUCCCAUCACGCGUCUUUUGGGCAUCAAGAACCCUGUGCAGGAGACCUUUGACUGGGCUUCUAAGAAGGUUCGCCAGCACGAGGCAGAGGAUCGUGAAGGUGUUGAGCCGGAUAUGGUUGACUACUUCUUGAGCUACAAGGAUGCCCAAGGAUUGCCGACAACGCAUCUUGAAGUUGUUGAGGGUGCUUUCGCAGUCACUGGUGCUGGAGCUGAUACCGUGGGGGUUUCAAUGCGCUCGGCCUUGUAUUGGUUGGCCACUAAUUCAGCAGUACUCCAGAGACUGAGAGAUGAGAAUGAUGAUAUCGAUUCAGAAGAGCCAAUCACCUACAAACAGACACAAGAACUUCCUUACUUGAAAGCUGUUGUGAGGGAGAGUCUAAGAAUGUAUCCCUCGAUACCGGCUCCGUUGUAUCGAAUUGUUCCUGCAGGUGUACUGUCGGUCGACGGCCACUUGAUUCCACCUGGAACAGUAGUCGGAAUUAGCAGCCUGGCCCGAAACAGGGACACCGCAAUCUUUGGAAAUGAUGCAAAUGUUUUUAAUCCAGACCGAUGGCUCGGAGACGAAUCAGAAGCGCGAUACAUGGAGACUGCCUUGUUCAACUUCGGAGGUUCUGGACCAAGGUCCUGCUCUGGCCGCGAUCUCGCGAUGAUCGAGCUGUACAAGUUCGUCGCUCAGAUGGUUCAGAAGUUCGAUUUUGGAUUCGUGGAUAAGGCACAUCCAUUCUCGGUGAAGACAUAUUUCUUCGCCAUGCAAAGUGACAUGCGGAUAAGAGUUGCUCGUCGAGAGAAUCAUGUCAGGCUCCGAGGGAAGCCUGUUGACGUUUGA